AUGGACAACGACACCAACGGCUCGUCAAAUGCCUUGGCCGAAGGCAGACGCAUCUACCUGGGCAACCUGCUCUACACCGUCAAGGCGGAAGAGGUCGAGGAUGGGCUGCGAGACCACGGGUUCGACGACUUUGAGACUGUCCACAUGUCCGUCGAUGCCGUCUCGCUGCGCAACCCCGGGUACUGCUUCGUCGACUUUGCCAGCCGCGACGGCGCCGAGCGCGCUCUGGAGUCGCUGAAUGCCACCAUCGCCGGACGCACCCUCAAGGUCGGCCCCUGCAAGCCCAAGCAGCCUCGCGCCAACAGCAACAACUACAAUUCCAACCACAACAGCAACAACAACAACAACAACAACAACAACAGCAGCAGCAACCGCUGGAACAGCCACGAAGGCCGCUCCGGCUCCCAGCGCUGGGGCAACGGCAGCGGCGCCGGCGCUCACCCUCACCCUCACCAGAGAGUGGCGCCGGAGCGCUACGACGACGCCGUCGAGGAGGGCAACAUCCGCCGCGUCUACGUCGGCGGUCUAGCCCAGCAGGACGACCCGGACCGCAACGUCGAAGAGCUCACCGAGAUUUUCGCCGACUUCAAGCCGACCGCCUUCAGCAAGCGCAUCACUCCACAUGAAAGCACAAAGUCGUUCCCUGGCAACCACCACUACUGCUUUGUCGACUUUGCGACCAGCGAAGAGGCGCAAGCGGCCAUCGACGCCCUCAACGGAAAGGUCGUCGACGACGGCGCCAUCAAGGUAUCUCUGGCGAGGCCUCCGCCGAACAAGGCCCGGGAGCGGUCUUUCCAGCACAACGACAGGUCUGGCGGCGGCCGCGUGCGCCGCAACCCCCGCGAACACGAGGUCCCGCCGGGCGAGGGCUCGCCAGCAGGAAGCCGGAGCAUGGCCUCUGACAACUGGCGUCGCAGAAACGACUAA